CUGCCAGGGACCUUCUACUAUCUUCUCCCAGGACUGAGUAUUGUUGGACCUCUGACUAAGCAAACUGGCUGGCUCCAUUGCGCUGGACCUGAAUUUCGAAAGAGAGCAUCAUAGGAAACCCGAGCAAAUAGUGUCCAUCCGCAUUCGCCCCGACGCUGAAGCUUCGGAUGACAAGUGAAACUUUGUGUCAUUCUCCGGAGCGCACAGCAGACAAGCUAACUGAUGGUACAAACGUUGGUUUGACCCUAGGAAGCUCAACGACUUCUUCUAUUGGACAGUAUUGAUAGAGUACGGCAAAGCCGCGGCGGAACAACAAGAGGAAUGCGCUACUGCAUGCAAUACAUGGAAGGAUCAAACAACGAGUCUGGGAAUAGAGUCCGUUCAAAAAAGCCCGAGAGUGUGUUGACAAUAUUAUCUGGCCUCGACGCAUAGAACUACAGCACAUUUAACUCCUCGCUGUCGACGAUGUGCUCAGUGAGCACGACUCACGACUGUUGGGAAGGGGCUUCUUUUGUACGGUAGUGAGGCCCAUGGCGGUGGAUGCAUGACUCUGUCGUUAUGUCAGGCGAGUUCCUUUUUGCCUGCUUACGGUGUAGCUGUGUCAUCUCUGGCUUUAUCACCUGGAGAAUAUGCUCGUCCGAUCUUACAGCCCAGCGAUAUUCACUAUAACACCUUUGUGUCAGGCCAAAAACGGCGACGAUUGCUCGGGUUUAGGAUAGUACGUGAAUGGUUGAGCGGGGCUUUGCUAUUGCGGUAUCGCUCUUUCCUCACCAUCGUCAAUAUAUAUAAAACCUCAGUCGGCCGGGCGAUGACGGGGGAGGUAAAAAUCACAAAUGUUGAGAGACUCUACUAAUCAGCACCCAAGCGCAAUGUUGUUCCAUAUAGGGAAGUGGAGAGGCUGCAAAGGCUCCUUACGACUACCGUUUCUGUGUCCUUUCUGUCGACGGCGUCGACAUUCUCGAUGACUAACUGUAUCCGCUCUGCCACUAAUAAAUAAGGCCAUCAUCCUCCGAUAUCAUUGCCUCUAUGUCCUUGCUUUUGCCAUGUGCCAGCACAGACCAUGUGGCAUCAAAACUCAUAAUAUAUCGGUAAAUUUCGAUACUUAUCUACCAACCUGUUGUGUGACUGCUCGAAUAAACUAUAUUGGCAAGUCCGAACGGUGAGGGCUUACGUUGAGCCGCCAGAUAUGUCGCCCCUCAUAGUAUAUAGUAUUAGGGUCGUUUUGGAAGUGGAGAGAAUGGUGGGACGUCCAGUGACUGCUCGGAACAUACCCUGUUCUUCGCAGACCGACGACUGUGGACCGGAGGUGGAAACCAUCUUUGGCCGCUGAUCAAGGUAUAUAUAUCUACGCACCCUGCUUAUUGGCCAACCCUAAGAAAACAGUUAGAUUCACCUUAUCAUGAAUUGACGGAAGCCUCUCCGUAAAUCGAUGGCGCUCGAGCAGACGAUGUCCGUGGCAAACCGUCUAGACAUUUUCUUUUGCCCGGACGGAUUGUUCGAUUCCAUUUCAUAUCUGUCCGAGCUGCAUUUGAUCAUGAUGGGUCGUAUUCCAUUGCAUUGCACGGUGGGCUACUGUGCUGACCUUCAACUAUGCCAUUGGAAGCUUUCAGCAGGCCGGAAGGAGUUUGUCUACGCCCCAUCUGACCCGGUACUCAUGCCAUGGCCUGUUCGUCGUAGGUGCUGCCGUCGUUCCCAGGGUGGGGGAGAUAUGCGCUCAUCUGCGGAUUUCAUUUGGCACAGUCCACUACAUUAG